UCCCCAGGCCCUGGCGGGGGCGGGCUUGAGACUGGGAAGCCCCGCCCUCUCCAACGUGUGUCACCAGAGUCGCCAUGGCCAGCUAUCCGUUUGGGCAGGGCUGCCCAGGAGCUGGAGGACAAGCGCCCGGAGCCCCUCCGGGUAGCUAUUACCCUGGUGGAGGGCAGUAUGGCAGCGGGGUACCCCCUGGUGGUAGUUACGGAGGAGGCCCUGCCCCUGGAGGGCCUUAUGGACCACCAGCUGGUGGAGGGCCAUAUGGACACCCCAACGCUGGGGGGCUCCCCUCUGGAGCUCCGGGAGGACCAUAUGGCGGUGCAGCCCCAGGGGGCCCCUAUGGUCAGCCACCUCCAAAUUCCUAUGGCGCCCAGCAUCCUGGGCCUUACGGACAGGGACCUCCUGUAGGUGGCGCCCCUCCUAACGUGGACCCUGAAGCUUAUUCCUGGUUCCAGUCAGUGGACUGUGAUCACAGUGGCUACAUCUCCAUCAAGGAGCUGAAGCAGGCGCUGGUCAAUUCCAACUGGUCCUCGUUCAAUGACGAGACGUGCCUCAUGAUGAUAAACAUGUUUGACAAGACCAAGUCGGGUCGCAUUGAUGUCUACGGCUUCUCGGCCCUGUGGAAAUUCAUCCAGCAAUGGAAGAACCUCUUCCAGCAGUAUGACCGGGACCACUCGGGCUCCAUUAGCUACACAGAGCUGCAGCAAGCUCUGUCCCAAAUGGGCUACAACCUGAGCCCCCAGUUUACCCAGCUCCUGGUCUCCCGCUACUGCCCGCGCUCUGCCAAUCCUGCCAUGCAGCUUGACCGCUUCAUCCAGGUGUGCACGCAGCUGCAGCUGCUGACCGAGGCCUUUCGGGAGAAGGACACAGCUGUACAGGGCAACAUCCGGCUCAACUUCGAAGACUUCGUCACCAUGACAGCUUCUCGGAUGCUAUGACCCAUCCCGUUAGUAGAGAGUGGCGUGCACCAGGGGACCUUUCCUUGCUCCUUAUAGUGGGAGAAGCGUAUGGGCCUCUCCUCUUUUCCUGACCCUCCUAGAGAAACAGUCUCCUUUGCCUGAUGCCGCACGGUUCCCUAAGAGGGCUAAGAGUCCUGUGUCAUAGCCACCAAAUAGUGGGGCCCUGGGCAAGGCCACACAGGUAGGGGCCUGACGUAGGAGAGGACCGAAAGUUGAAUGUCCUUACGGCUCUGAGCAUUUAAGUGGCACUGCCUUGCAGCAGGUGACGGCAGUCAUUGCAAUGGAGUUAAUGUCCGGUCGGUUGGGCUCCAGCCUUUAGUGUUCCCUUUUGGGCCCCGACGCCAGUGGUAAGUGUUCAUCGGCCUCUUACCAUUAGCACCUGUGUUCCCUCGCCCAUGCUGUCCCGUCAGAUGAACCCAGGUUUUCCAAAGUGGAAUCUGACCAAGCAUGAGAGAGAUUUGCCCAGGGGACCAGUGGCUUGGAACCCCUCACCCCCACCCAUCUGUAUGUGUUAACUUCUGACUGCCUGGGGACUGUCCCUGCCCUGGGAGCUUGGACAAUCUGCCUUCUGCAGCUCAGACCCCUCACUUGCCCACCAUUCUCUGCGUGGCAUCAGUCCCCAGGGGACGGUUGUCACCUCCCACUGCCAAUGUUUUUUUUUUUUAAUUUGUUUUUUUCAUUUGGGGCCAAAAGUUCAGUGAAACUGUAAGCUUCAAUAAAAGGAUAAAACUCGG